UUUCACAGGGCGCAAGCUUAUCUUACUCACAUUUAGUGAGCAUACUGCUAUGAACCAUCAUCUGGGAAACCAAGUAUUUUCAUGAUCAAAAUUAACAAUUUAGUUGUCCUGAAGCUCUCAUACUGUUGUAGAAUUUUUCUUAUAUCAUUUUUUUAUAAUAAUAUACAGAUAUUACAGGCUUCUAACAGCUUCUAAAUGAGAUAUUAUUAGACAAUUAAUUCUACCUAGUGGGUGACACGGGGCAUCGGUUUAACAAGAUUCAACGCUGUGUUAGGGGCCAUGAUAAUAACAGAUGUCAAAGUGAAUAUUCGCAAGUCUAACAGGGCUUUAGUUGAAAUUUUUGCGCAUGGUCUGUGUUGUUUUCAACGAAAACGCUGUGAGUUGGGCGAUGUGGACAGUGGAUGAGAGAAACGACGUUAAGCGUCUCUACGCUCAGUGCCGCACCGUCAAUAGAUCAGAACGCACUGUUUACCUCGUGCUAUUAUACAAAUUAAACGCGUGUUGUGAAUAUAUUCAUUCUCCAACGCAAAAUAGAAAAAUCUAUUGAAUUAUUACAAUAUUAAUUUUUGUCCUUCUCAUAUAUGCUGGGAAUAUAUGACUUAAUUAUGUUUAAUUUGAUUUAAUUACAAAGUCAUAAAUCAUCCAGUCAUCAUAUCAUUAAAAAAUUGUGACUUUGUAUGCUUCAGAUUGGUGCAACACCCAAGAAGAUAAAAGUUACGCAGGGCCGAAGUACCGCUGGAUUAGCAUCAAUGUAAACAAUUAAUGCGGAGAACUCAACGAAAUACCUUCUUUACAUUGAUUGGUUUUCAAAUAAAAGACUUUGGAUAUACUCAGAUUUAUAUGUAAAAUGAGGAAACAAUAAAUUUGAGAGCGGAAGAAAAACGGAAAUGCCUGGGGCAUUCGAUUACUAUCGGUAAAUUCAAAAAGUCCGUACAAACGUCUGGAAACUACCAAGAGAAUUUAAUUAUAAAUUUAGCCGCAAGGUCCCCCCAAGACCCUGGGAACAUUGAAUUUCCUGUGGGAUACUGGAAAAGCGAGCUCGAUUAAAUGCAUCAUGCAUAAGUGACUGAAAAUGACUCUGCAGAUGAUGGAAAAAAAAUGGGAUGAGAGUGAUAAAUUAUGUAAUUACAAUAUUGAUAAAGUAAGAUUGACUGUGACCUAGAAAUAAAGAGGAAGCGAGAAAGUGCGUAAUUAACUUUGAUCAGUUAUCAUGACAGACUAUGAGAGAAUACGAGUGGUGGUACUUGGCGGUGCUGGUGUUGGCAAAAGCGCUAUUCUUAAGAGACUCCUUGGGCAGGAUUUCACAGAGAGAUACCGACCCACCGUUGAGGAUCUCUACUCUAGGGAAUGUAUACUGGGGACGCUUACACUAAAAGUCGAUCUGUUGGACACCGCUGGUGACCUCCAGUUUCCAGCAAUGCGGAGACUCAGUAUAGCGACAGCGCACGCAUUUUUACUCGUCUAUGCUACAACAUCAUUACCGAGUUUUGAAUGUGUCAAGAGAUGUUUCGAAGAAGUCCGGGAACAGCGCCCGGACUAUCAAGAAGUGCCAAUAGUAGUCGCUGGUAAUAAAUUGGACUUGGCAUCAGCGCGAAGAGAAGUUCCAAUAGAAGACGCAAGUGAAUGGCUGUUUUGUGAAUUGCCAAAGCUCAGGGCGAAAAUAAUGGAAUGUUCUGCUAAAGAUGACUAUAACAUCAAAGAAAUAUUCAGAUGUUUCGUCACAUUAUCAAAAAUUCAAAAGAAUCCUACUGGGGAACUUGAUGAGUCUGGUCUCAGGAGAAGAUGCUCCGCGUAUGGAUCUAGAAGAUCGGGAAGCCCAGGGGGAAAGGCAGGAAACACGGGUGCUGGUGCUCCUACUCAAAAAGUAGUUGCAGCUCAAGGUACAAGUUUCAUAGCAGUUGCUGAGGAAGUCAAAAGUAAACCACGCAGUAGGAGUCUUAUAAGACGUGCAUCGCGAAAGACAAAGCAACAAAUACGCGAAGCACAUACCGACGACUGUAAUAUCUCCUAAAAGAGCUUUCUUCAUCUUCAGUCGGAACUAAUAAUUAGUGUUAAAUGGAAAAUACGUACUAUUUUUAUUGAAUCAAACAUCUAUCUGUAUUUAUGCAAGGGUAAUUGCCUAGAAUUAAUAAGAUAGAUGUGCCCUGAGCGAUGGUAAGUUGCAUACUUAUUAUUUUUAACAAGAAAUAAUGCAUUAUAUCACGUCCUGAAAACAAAAAAAAACUAUUAAUCUACAUUUCAUCGUCUCUAUUAAAAAUACAAGCACUUUUGUCUUAUUGCACAUUAUAGUAAAAAUCAAUGGAUUAAAGUUUAGAGGGAGUACGCAAAUUGUUCGUUGAUAUUUUCGAAAGAUAAAUAGCAAAAUACUAAAAUAGUCACGAUAUCUGAGUAAUAGUAAUUCCCAUGGUGCCCGAGACCAACAAGAAAGUGUUUACCAUUUAAUGAAAUAAAAUUUAAAUUUUAAGGGAUAAAAUAAACUGAAUGAACUGAAAUUAACUCAUGGCAUUUCUCAGAUCAUGGUAAAAUGAAAGUAAAUACAAAAAAAAAAACGCGUUAUUGUGAUCCCUACUUAUCCCUCAAGUAAAGUGAGUGAGAGCAGUUCUGAGGUACAAAUUAUUUCAAUUUCAAAGUGUAUUAAGAUUUAGAUAGUUAAUUUUAAAUACAUAUCUUUAUCGUUAAUCAAUAACUCACUUUGAUGAACAUGAAACCAUACAACUGAUAAAAAUGAUUUUAUUUCUAGUAGAAGUAUUAUAACAAGAAAGACAAUGAGUGACUAUAAUGAUAUGCCAAUAAAAACAUUUUUAAUUGUUA